AUGACGGACCCAUCCACGUCCACUGCAAUCCCCGAGAAUCCACACAAAAAUGAGAAUGUGGUGCUGUUCAUUAUAUUGAUUUGUUCAAUCCUAUUAAUGCCUGUAAUCUACUUAUGCUACAAACUAUAUUUGGUAUGGAAGGCGAAGAAAGAGAAAAUUAAGAGAAUUCUAAAGCAAAACGAGCGGUUAAAGGCGCUACAUUCCAAAGCAAUUUCGAUAAAACUAUUGACUGGUCAGAAGAUUGGCUCUUCCUUAAGUGUUUCACGGUUGCAGGCUCAUUCAAUUCGGCUUCCGCAAUGCCGUCUCGAGUCCCCAUGGCUCCGCCGGCCGCACUUCCGGGUCAAGUCGAAAGUUUGCGGGAUCCAACGAAUCCAGUAUUUUCAUAAAGAGGCCGUUGCAGCUGUUCAAGAACUCGAUGUCGGUCAAAGCAGCUCCACCUCCUCUAAAAAAUCCAACGGCGACAUCGGCAUCCGAUUACGUGUCCCGCAAGAUGAUGAGCUGCCAAGACUACCCCAGAAUGGCAUCCUGCGCAACCACUCGAAGCAACACCACCCAACAAUGGAUCAAGAGGAAGAUCAAGUCGUCGAGGCUCCGGCAGAAGAUGAGAAAGAAUCGACCCCAAUGUUGACCGCGCACACUAAUGGAAUCCUUGGGAACGGAAAUGCGGGGAGGAGAAGCCGGAAGUUUGAUGGAAACGGCGUCGGGAAUGGGAGACGAUCGCCAUAUUAUUGGAAUAGUCACGAAACGAGUCGACCUCCAAGCCGUGCGCUUGCUUCUCCGGUUCUGCCCCAAACUAAUGGCCAUGCAAACGGGCAUGCGAAUUACGGUGAUGGCGCUCAGAAGCAAUCUGUACAAACCUAUGAUUUUGAAGAUGAGCCGAUGCCAAGUGAUAGUUGCUGUUGUGGCAAAGUCCAUAUUAUGAAAGGCUGCCGAGCGGUUGCCAUUUUGAGUCUACUUUCUGUGAUCGCGAAUGGCAUACUUUAUGUUUUUGGUUUCACAAGAUUUGGUGUAUCGACGUGGAUAGAAAUCCUAAUCCUAAUCUUCGAGCUGUUCACAAUUUUCAUGCUAUUUUGUGGCCUUUCUCGAAAGAGAUCCGGCUUCUUGAAGCCAUAUCUUUUCUUCAAUACGAUUUGGGCCGUGUGCCUUUGUAUAUUAUUUUUGAUGUGUGUCUGGCAGCUAAUUCGGGGCGGCAAUAUGCCGGCGAAUUUAUGGAAGAACCUGAAGCAUAUGAAGGGCCAGUCAGAGUUUGACCGCGCUAAGGAAUCAUUUCGAAAAUCGGAUGAUAAUACAAUCAUCAUCGGUAUAGUGACCGCUUUGGCAAUGACAGGUCUCGCCUCACUUAUUGUCGUUGAUUUCAUUUUUGUUCAGAUUGUCUACCGUACGUUUCACUACUUGGCUUACAAAGAAGACAAAGCAAAAGAACAAGGCGGCCAGGUCAUAUCGCAUAAUUUU